AUGGUACGUGCUCACGUUAUGACCGCAGGCGUUACAACCGGUAGUUCAGCUUCCAAAAUGGCGACCGUAGCAUACGGAGAGCUUGCGCAGAUUAACGAGAUGUUUAACCUCGAGGCGCAUCCGGACAAAAGCGACGGGGCUGUGGUAAACGCUACCUUUCUUACGAAGUUCAAUUGCCACCUUGGUGAAAAAAUUACCGUGGGCGAUCGCUCGUACGUGAUUUCUGCAAAGGCCGAACGAGCCGAUGCGCUUCUUGGCGCAGAAAAAACGCCGCUCGUUAUGAUACCUAUUACCAACUUUGAAGAGCACCGGGACGCGUCUUACCGGAUCGUUCUCUUCGCAUCCCUUGAGCAUCGCGAAAAAGAUAUAGAGGGGACCAUGGCGCGGCUUAACGCGCAGAACAUUUCGUGUGCAAGUCAAUUUUCAGGCUAUGCGUCGACCAUCAAGGAGUAUCAGAAUUUUUCCGAGGUUAUAACCGUGCUCAUUGCAGUUAUUGCGGGAGUGUUUUUGGCGGUUUUCGCGAGCCUGAUUUCAUCACACCUGAAAAGUGAAUGGUAUUACCUGAGAAUGCUGAGGGUUUAUGGUUUAUCCCGGACGGGGCUAUUUGCCCUUGUCAUUUUGGAGCAGGUUCUGGCGGCCGUAGCGGGAAGUAUCGUGGGCUCUGGCAUAGGGUCGGCAAUUGCUGGGGUGAUUUGUGGGGCGACUGGUACACCGAUUUCGUCGUGGUUUGUUACAGCCAAUCAGUUCAUAGCAAUGGUUCUCCUUUCGGUGGCGCUCGUUGUCGGUGCGGUCUGCCUCUGUUUUCGAAUUAUAUGUUUGAAAGAGCCUCUUGGCGUCGUAAAGAGAAAAGCUUCGCGGUUGUAUACGGCGCGCGUGCGGGCUUUAAAAAUCCUUGCGUGUAUAGCAGGAGUAGCGGCAGCAGCGUACUCGUUUAUGGUGACACAGCAUGACGCACGUAACGGCAGUCUUUUUAUCGUUCUGUUUUUUGCCGGAAUGGUCGUGGUGUUUUUCGCCUCAGAACUCCUCAUUGACCUGGUAAGUUCUUUCUAUGAGAAAAAGGGUGCGGGCAUACAUAAGGUAGCAGGCCGCAUGCUUCGGGCGGCACGAAGCAGGACGGUGCACCUUGCCGCUACGCUCGCGCUCGUUCUUGCUCUGAUCGGUUCUGUGGUCAAUCUUGGCUAUUCAUGCCAGCUGUGGGCAGGGGUUUUAGCAGAUCAGCAGCUCAAUCUCGACGCGAGAAUCGUUGCGACCAACGACGUCAUGGGAAACGAUUUCAUCAGCGGCGUGGUAAAAAGGGAUGAUGUUGAAUCAAAGGGCACGUAUUAUAUGGCGCGUGGUAAGUUUGGGCAGAUGUCAGCGUAUGUCAUGACCGAGGCCGACGAUUUUUCUGGCUCUUUAAACAAGCUCUACGAUUCUAAAACGCGGUUCGCAUCGCUUUCGACUCAUGAGGUGGUAGCUUCAAGUUUCUUGUUGUCUGUUUUUGGCAUAAAAGUCGGAGACGAAGUUACGAUCAGUCUUGCCGGUCAAUCAAAAUCCGUACGGGUGGUUGGCGUGAUUACGACGCUUGACUAUUUUGGAAGGAUGGUGAUUGUGGCGCCCGAAUUGUUUGAAAAACAGAGCUACAAGAAUAUUUGUUUGAACGUAAAGAGCCGAGAAAACCUUGAUCUCAACACGCUCACAUCACCAGCAUUGGUUGAGAAACUCAGCAGAGAAAUGCUUCGUGCCCAGUGGAAGAGUCAAAUUGUGUCUGGUACUGAAUAUAUUCUUGCUCUGGCGGUAACCACCGUAUGCAUAUUGGUACUGAUGAUAGCGGGCGCCGUUCGGUCC